GUGGAUAGAGUAUAAACAUUGAUACCACAGUGCUGUUGAAAUCUCAAUUCUGAUUGGUUGGAAGGUGUUGAGUCAUUUUCUGUAGCAGCAGCUCUGGCUUUUAGUUAGACGAUACGCCCUGAUUUGUUUCCAUAGUAACAACUUAUCCUGUGCAGAAACUUGCACACUAGACGCCAGACGUUCCACGUUGCUAUUUAAAGAAAAACUCGCUGAUACGCUGACGCUUUGUGAAAGGAGACGUUCAGUAAGGAGUCUCCAGUGUCAGCACUGUCACAAUCAGGAGGUUUUCCGUCACGUCUAAGAGUAGAGGAGAUUGUGUUUUCUUCAUGGUGAGGAAAUUGUGUUACGUUACAUUAAUAGCAUUUAGCAGACGCUUUUAUCCAGAGUGACGUACAACAUACCCAGAGCAGCCUGUGGAGUCGUUAUGGGUUAGGUGCCUUGCUCAAGGGCACUUCAGCCAUCCCUGCUGGUCCAGGGAAUCGAACCAGCAACCUUUUUGUCCCAAAGCUGCUUUUCUAACCAUUAGGACAGUUUAUCGCUGCUGGAACUAUGUUGUUUGAUUAAAUGUAACUCUAAAUGGAUAAAAAGUACAUGUACAUUGCAUGAAUACAUUUCAAAAAGCAAUAGUUGAUAAACUGUUGUGGUACGAAGAAUGAAACACGUCAGAGUCGGGCUGCAUCGCAUGACAAUCUUUGAUUAUUUUUCCUAUAGCGACAUGCCUUGUCGUGUCUCGUUCCACAUAUAGUGUACGGUGAUUCCGUCGGGAGCAGGAGCGUUCACUCCCUCUGCUCCGUCUCGAACAGCUUAAUGUGCUGCACAGGCACAAAUAGUGUUGGCACUUCAGACUCGUUCAUUUUCCUCCCUCUCUCUCUUUCUCUCUCGCUCCUGAACCUCCCAGUGCUGCCUUCGGUUCCUCGGUCAGUCGCUGCAAAUCUGCUGUAAGGAAACUAAAAAUUCAUUUAGGUCGACCCCAAAUCAGAGGGUGUCUGCACCACGGCCUUAUUACACACCGGGCCUAACUUGUGUUGUGGAGGUGGAUGGGGUAUUAUUAUCUCUGUGCUACCCACCCAGCUAUAAAAACGACUGGUGCUGCAUCUCUACAUCACACACUGCCCCUGCACUAGUCCUCUCUCCCUCCCUCUCUCUCUCUCUCUCUCUCCCUCCACUGUACAGUGGGGUCCACCUCUUCUCUUUUCUUCUCUUCUGUUCUCUUUUCUUCUCCCUCACACUCAUCCACUUGCUCUCGGUACCACGCACGCGUGACUGAGUGACUGAGUGUGUCUGUGUGAGUACGCGUGUGUGUGUGUGUGUGUGUGUGCGUGUGGACACGCGCAAGAGAAAGAGAGAAAGAGAGAGAGAGAGAGAGAGACGUUGUUUCUGCCACUGUUGGAUAUUUUUUUUUGUGAAUGGAGGGAAGAUGAGCGGAUGAGUGAGAAUGGACAGGGAGCGCGGCGUAAAAGACAGGAGAUGAGACAGACACAGAGAGAGAGAGGGAGAGAGAGACAGAGAGACGAACAUCACUCCGUAGUCUCAGGAUAAGUCACACACAUUCCAGAGGAGGCUCAGGAUUACUGUAAGACUAUGGCACACAGUGAGGAGGACCUCAUUGGGAUCCCCUUCCCCAAUCACAGCAGCGAUGUCCUGUGCAGUCUCAAUGAACAGCGGCGUGAUGGCUUCCUCUGUGAUGUGGUCCUGGUGGUGAAGGACCAGGAGUACCGCACACACCGCUCUGUGCUGGCUGCAUGCAGUCAGUACUUCAAAAAACUCUUCACCGUGGCCACGGGCGAUGGCGACCCCAGCCACCAUGGUGUUUACGAGCUGGACUUUAUAGCACCCAAGUCACUGACGGCCAUUUUGGAGUUUGCGUACACAUCGACGCUGACGGUGACACCCUCCAACGUCAAGGAGAUCCUGGGUGCAGCGCGGCUUUUGGAGAUCCCGUGUAUCAUUAACGUAUGCUUGGAGAUCAUGGACACCGGAGGAGGGGGAGGUACUGGUGGUGGAGAAGGAGAAGGAGAAGAAGAGGAGGAUGAAGAAGAAGAUGAGGAAGAAGAGGAAGACGAGGAAGAAGAGGAGAUGGCGGAAGAGGCAGAGGAUGACUUGAAAGAUGGUGAGGUUGAGGAACGUGAUGAGGACAAUGUCAGUGAAAGAUCUGUUCAAGCAGAUGCUUCUGAAAACCAGGAGAACCGAAUCACUGGGGGAGAUCGAGGAGCAGACAGUCCUGCAUGCAGCUCUCAGCAGAAGGUACACUCAGAAAGAGACUUGCUAAACUCUCAGAGAUGCCAAUCGCGUACCCCGGAAAAACCCAGAGAGCAAGAAGGACUGGAAGGCAGAGUGCUGAAAGAUUUUUCCAUCGAGUCCCUGCUGCAGGAAGGGCUGUACCCAAAGAUGCCAGGACUGGAGAGAGGGUCAGGCUUCACCUCUCUUCUUCCUGGAUUCUAUCCUCCAAUUUGGGCUACAGAGUUUCCAGGCUUCCCGCAACUCCUGGAUCCCCAGUGCCCACCUCACCCUUACCCAACUGGUUCGUUGGACAGCGGGCCCUUGGAUCUCGCCAUCAAGAAAGAAGUCAUCAAAGAGGAACUAAAAGAUGAGCUCCCCAGCGCUCUGCUCCACAGAGAAUUCCUCAAAGACUUUGUCAGCCCAAGUGUUGGUGUGGCCCCUGAAUCCCACCUUGGCCAGAUCAAGGAUGAAGCAGACCUGCGGAACUACUUGAGUUUCCUGUCAGCAUCCCAUCUAGGGUCACUGUUUCCACCGUGGCAGCUAGAGGAAGAGCGGAAGCUGAAACCAAAAGCAUCGCAGCAGUGUCCCAUCUGCAACAAGGUCAUCCAGGGUGCAGGCAAACUACCUCGGCACAUGAGGACGCACACAGGCGAGAAGCCCUACAUGUGUACCAUCUGCGAGGUCCGCUUCACAAGGCAAGACAAGCUCAAGAUCCACAUGCGCAAGCACACAGGCGAGCGACCCUAUAUGUGCCUGCACUGCAACUCCAAGUUUGUGCACAACUAUGACCUGAAGAACCAUCUACGUAUCCAUACGGGCGUGCGGCCCUACCAGUGUGAGCACUGCUACAAAAGCUUUACCCGUUCUGACCACCUGCACCGGCACAUCAAGCGUCAGAGCUGCCGGGUGUCACGCCCACGCCGGGGACGCAAACCUUCUUCCUCCUGGCGCUCUUCCUCUGGCUUCUUCUACCCUCCAGAUGCGCACCCACUACAAGGAGAACAAACACUGCGUUUGCCAUCCCUUGGAGCACCGGUGCCCGCUCAACUACCCGAAAGACGGCAGGAUUUAGACGGUGGCAGCAGUAGAGAGAAUCUGACCGACAGGAAGCUCAUCUCAGAGGAUGUGGACAGGAAGAGGGGGGUGUUUGCCUUUGCCCUGGCAAGGGAGGACGUUCUACCGCACCCAGCCUUUUACCCUCCGACCCCUGAUCCCUGGACCGUGAGACUGGAGCGAGCGCCACCCGUUCCUGAAGCCGCAAACUGACCGCAGAGAAUUUUUCGGUCAUGCACAACUCUUUGGUUAUUUUUUUUUCCUUAAAUGUGACUGAGAAGAAUACACAAGCUCAAGUCCGGAACUUUCCCCGCAAAACUUUGGGUUGCACUUGAGCGGAAAAUGCUUUUCAGAAUUUCUGAGACUUUGCAAAUCAUAUUGGCAAAUUGCUGAUUUUAAAUGAUGUCUUUUUUGUUGUUGUUGUUGUUGUUAUUGUUGUUGUUUAAUUGUCAGCUUUCUAAUGUGAUGCCAGGGAUUUUAAAAGGAUUUAAAAAUGGUUAAUAUCUUGAACAUGUAUUUGUAUUUAUGAUUAUGAUUAUGAUGAUUAUGAUUCUUCUGGUUGUUUUAUGCUUCUGUAUUUGCUAACAAGGGUAAAUUAAAGUGGGAUUAAAACCUACCCACAGACUGUUAAGUGCAAUUCAUUUUUUUUUCAUUCCAAAGUUUCACAAGUAAGUCAGGUAUCUAAAAGGGACAAGUAACUUCCAUAACCUCUGUCAGAAAUAAGCUGCAGGCGUAGUGUAUCAGUGCAUCUAGAAAGUAAGUACCCCAUCUACCCCAGCUAGGAUUACACAUACCACUAUGCAAAGAUGACAUAUAUGAAUAAAUGCUUAGCUGUUAGAAAUUUUAUCACAAAUAAUUAACACCGUAAAACACAAAAGAAACAAGUCGUCAAGGUUUUCACGACGAAACAGAUUCAAAGCAUUAUAGUAAGCAAUAUGAUGACUAGUUGCAUUUUACAUGUAAAAAAAAAAAAAGCCUAGAUUAACUUUUAUCACAAUAACCAGUGCAAAAAAAAAUAAUCAUAUGAUUUUUAUUUGGAUUUACUUUCAGAUUCAGCUUUCAUAUCUAGUUUACCCUUGAUUAGUGUCCAACGCUUCGUAUGCACUAUUGUACAUAUUUUAUAUCAUGUUUUAUAUAAUCUUAUGGUGAAGUUGCUAAUUGUUGUAAAGUAUUUAGUCUUUUGAACAUUGAAAACACCCAAAGAUGUGUUGUACGAGAACAAACUUGAAAGUCUUUUUAAAAAUCACAUUUUUAAAUCACUUUAAAUCUCUUCAAUGGCUUAAUUAAAGUUGUUUAGUCUUUUUUGUAUUAAUUUCUUUUUUUUUUUCUAGCUAUAAGUUGCUGGUUGAAAGUGUCUUGCAGGUGCUUGUCAUGUACAGAAAUUAAAACAGGGACUGUGUCCAUCAUCCAUCA